AAAGCACAAUAUGUUCUGAUGUUCUCCAGCAUGUGUCGCGAUUGUGCAAAGUCCUGCGUGUUAUAAAAUUAACCAACGGAGGUGUCGCUAAUUGAAUGCUGUAAAAAAGACUCGUUUUACAGUUAACACAUGAUCAUCCAAUCACAGAGCAGUGUAUUUGUGUCCUGUCCAAUCAGAGGACAGAAUGUCUCCUAUAGUGAGACAUUUUUGGCCCUGAGUAUAGUUUGUCAGGUAGAACUUCCCAACCCAUUUAAUGACUAAACGUGCCCAAAUGAAUGAAAUUGUUCUGGGUGAGAAAGAACCGAGAGUGCUGUAGGUUAAUGUGAGCAACACAUAUUUGGUUUGUUUGCUUUAGGAGAAGAACGAAUGCCUGCUAGGCUCAAAUCUAGGCAAAUUAAAUCCUUUGUAAAGCAACCCGCCAUUAAAUCUGUGGCGGAACCCAAAGGCUUGACUCGUUUUUGGGGCAUUAUUUACCCAUAGGUUUAUAGCCCUUUUACCUAAUAUUUGCACACUCGUUGUAGCGCCUGCUUUUACACAUACAGUAAAAUUCCCGGAUCUAAUUGUAUGCAAAAGUCUGGAUGUAUGUAGCUACCGUUUUUUGAACGGUUACUGUAUGUAUCGCAGUGUAUUCAGCUGUAGCCCAAACCGCUAGUUUCUCCCUGAAUGACUUCACUGGAGCACUUUGCGGUCCCACACUCAAUAUGUCCGCCGGGAAGGUCUACGUUUGCUCAGUAGGAAUGCGGUAGGCGGGGCUGUUACGCUCGUGUCAAACUUUGGGAAUGACAGGAGUGCUGCAGGAUUCGAUAAGAAGGGGAAGUGUCGCCCUCGUUGGUCCUGUUUGGAUUACUUUGACUUCUUUUUACGCACGGUCUUUGGAUUCACCACCUCUCUAGAGAUAGGACGGCCUCGGCAUUCUCCUCAGCCAUGUCGGAGGACCUGAGCUCCCAAACCUGGUCCAUCAACAAAGAUGAUUAUGAGCUGCACGAGGUGAUUGGGAGCGGGGCCACCGCAGUGGUUCAAGCUGCCUACUGUGUACCACGCAAGGAGAAGGUGGCCAUCAAACGAAUCAACCUCGAGAAGUGCCAGACGAGUAUGGACGAACUCCUGAAAGAGAUUCAAGCCAUGAGCCAGUGCCACCACCCCAACAUCGUGUCUUACUACACCUCGUUCGUGGUGAAGGACGAGCUGUGGCUGGUCAUGAAGCUGCUCAGUGGCGGCUCUGUGCUGGACGUGAUCAAGCAUAUCAUCUCACGAGGGGAGCACAAGACCGGCGUCCUGGAUGAGCCUAGCAUAGCCACGGUGUUGAAAGAUGUGCUGGAAGGCCUCGAGUAUCUCCACAAGAACGGACAGAUCCACAGAGAUCUUAAGGCUGGAAACAUUCUCCUCGGGGACGACGGUUCAGUGCAAAUUGCAGACUUUGGCGUCAGUGCCUUUCUAGCCACAGGAGGUGACAUGACUCGAAAUAAAGUGCGCAAGACGUUUGUGGGAACGCCGUGCUGGAUGGCCCCAGAGGUCAUGGAGCAGGUGAGGGGUUACGAUUUCAAAGCAGAUAUUUGGAGUUUUGGGAUCACAGCCAUCGAGCUCGCCACGGGGGCCGCACCGUAUCACAAAUACCCGCCAAUGAAGGUCUUGAUGCUGACGCUGCAGAAUGACCCCCCAGGCCUGGACACGGGCAUCACGGACAAGGAGAUUGUAAAGAAAUACGGCAAAUCCUUCAGGAAGAUGGUCUCCCUGUGUCUACAGAAGGACCCAGAGAAAAGGCCGACAUCCUCAGAGUUGUUGAAGCAUAAAUUCUUUCAGAAAGCAAAGACCCAUGAGUAUUUACAUGAGCGGUUGCUCCAGAGGGCGCCCACAAUAACAGAGAGGUCGAAAAGGGUACGCCGAGUGCCGGGUUCCAGUGGUCGGCUGCACAAAACGGAGGAUGGCGAAUGGGAAUGGAGUGAUGAUGAGCUGGAUGAGGAAAGUGAAGAGGGCAAAGCAGCCGUUGCGGCCUUACGGGAGCAGCAGGUGAAGCCUGUUAAUGCCAGCAGGCGACAAGUGCGCUUCGCCUACCCACUCGAGCUGCCUACGUCCAGGUCACCAAGAGUAAAGGAGGGAUCACAGAAUUCAGAGGCGUUCCAGACUCCUGAGCCUUUAAGCAGUCAAGCCCAGCCGACGGCGGCAGGUCAGUCAGAACUACCUCCGACCGCAGGCCAGGUCCCACUGCAGCCCACGCCAGUCAACGCUCAGCCCACUGCCCAGGCUACACCAGCUCUACCUGCUGCUACUCUCACACAGGUGCAAGCUGCUUCAGGGGAUGUCAAGGCUCCUAUUAGUUUGGUAUUAAGGUUAAGAAAUUCAAAGAAGGAGCUAAAUGACAUCCGCUUUGAAUUCAUGCUGGGGAGAGACACAGCAGAUGGUGUGUCCCAGGAGCUGGUGUCAGCCGGCCUGGUGGACGGGAGGGACUUAGUAAUAGUUGCUGCAAAUUUGCAGAAAAUAGUUGAGCCUCAAGCCAAUAAAAAUGUCACUUUCAAACUGGCCUCUGGAACUGAGGGAUCUGAAUUACCAGAUGACGUCAAAUUGAUGGGCUUUGCUCAGCUCAGCAUUAGUUAAACUGUUGUACUACCUGGGACCAUGACUUGCCUAAAAAAAAUGUGAAAAUACAAAAAAAAUAUAUAUAUAGUUAAUUAAAUGCAUUUUUCUCUCUAUGGCUGUAAAGAAACCACUACUGCCAAAGAAAACAGUACCUUUGUGUCACCCAUAGGAUUAUUAACGCUGCCUCGUUGAAUUCAGCCGAAGUAUCAGAGCGCACAGUAUAAGAACCCCUCAAAAAAAGUUUACAGCUUAUUAUGUAGAAGGAUGCAAGUAUCUACAACGAACAGUUCUCACUUACCAUUCUGGUCUCCUUCAUCUGGUUAUGUUUUUCUCUCUAAUAUGUGAUGCAUUUGCACAAUCUCAGCUAACGCUCUUGAAUCUUGAUAAGUGUAACGAUGCCUUAUAUUCAUCAGAACUACUGAAUGCACGUUUUUUUGGGGGAAGUCCCCCAGUUACCACGUGGAGCAUUGUGUUGUCCGACAUGUUCAAAUGUGGUUUCUGUUGCUCGCGUCAAACUUUUUACUUUGAGCAAAAAGGUAUGCUGCAGCUCACUAAGAAAGUUUAAGUUUCAAUUUUCGACACACUUCUGUGCUCAACAAAUGUAAUGUGAGUUUACUUUUUCAGAAGGAUGUGAACACUCCCAACCGUAACAAUCGUUAAAGGAUAAGGCUAGUUUUAUUCUGUAUUUCUUGUAGUUCUAAUUAUUGUCUAUUAUCUGUAUGAAAAGACCAAAACCAACAAUGUGUUCACAUAGGUCAUAUAUUUGGCAAAAUGAUUUCCUGGGCGCUGUUACCAGCAGCAGGAGGGUGUAUGUAGGAUUGACCCAAAAUAAACUACAGUGCCCAUGUUCAUCAUGUCACCCAGUAAAACCUUUUGGCUCAAUUAAGUCUUUUUAAUAGUUAUUUUGGGCAACAAACAGACCAUACAAAAAUGCAUGAAUAAUGCCAGUCUUAUACUUAUAAGUAUUGAUACAACCAUCAUCAUAAGAAAGUCUGAUAAAAGAAAUAAGUGUGAGACAACUUGAUGAAGCUGGUUUUAAAUU